AUGUGCCCCGGCACUUCCUCUCCAGCCUUCCUUGCAGGAAAAGGCUUGGCUCCCCAGGGCUCGGCGUUUCCUGGCGUGAAGCAGCACAGGCAGGCAGGCGGGCGCGUUGUCUCCGGCUCGCCAUCAGGGCACAGCAUGGAUCGCCCUCGCAUCCCUGGGCCGACCGUGCCGCUGCUGCUGCUGCUGUGCAUGCCGCUGCUUCGUGCCACGACUCUGGACUACGACAACUACGACAGCAACGUCACGGAGGCCCCCGGGCCCGCCUCACAGGGGGGAUUCUGCCCCCGCAGCAUCCCGGCGGAGAAGGUGGCUGAUGCAAACAACGUCACGUUCCUGCGCCUCCCCGCAGCCGCCCGUGACGCCCUGGGCAGCCCGCUGACGGUCCUGGUCCUGCCAGCCUUCUACAGCCUGGUCUCCCUGGUGGGGCUGCCCGCCAACGGCUUGGCGCUGUGGGUGCUGGCCACGCGGGUGGAGAAGUUGCCCUCCACCGUCUUCCUGAUCAACCUGGCCACGGCGGACCUGCUGCUGUGCUCGCUGCUGCCCCUGAAGGCCGCCUACUACUUCCUGGGCAACCACUGGCCCUUCGGCGAGGCCAUGUGCCGCUUCACCACGGCCGCCUUCUACGGGAACAUGUACUGCUCCAUCCUGCUGCUGGCCUGCAUCAGCGUGGACCGCUACCUGGCCGUGGCCCACCCCUUCUUCGCCCGCUCCUGCCGCAGCCCGGCCAUCGCUGCGGCCACCUGCGCCGGGGUCUGGGCCGCGGCCACCCUCUUCACGCUGCCCCUGACGCUCUUCCGCCAGUCUUUCCCGCUGCACGGGAGCCGGCAGACCCUGUGCCAUGACGCCUUGCCCCGCGAGGAGGAGGCCACGCGCGCCACCUCCUCCUACUUCAUCGCCCUCGUGGCCUGCGGCUUCUUGGCCCCUCUCCUGCUCAUGGCCUUCUGCUCCGGGGCCACGCUCCGGGUGCUGCUGCGCAACGGGCAGAGGUACGCCACGGCCGUCAAGCUGAUGGCCCUGGUGCUGGCCACGGUCACGGCUCUCUACACGCCCAGCCACGUCCUGCUGCUGCUCCACCACGCUCACGCCUGCACCGGGACCCAGGCCACCCUCUACGUGGCCUACAUGGCCAGCCUGGCCGUGAGCACCUGCAACAGCUGCAUCGACCCCUUCAUCUACUACUACGCCUCGGAGGAGUUCAGGGUCAAGGUGAGGGGCCGGCUGUUUGGCCCCCGCAAGGGCUUGGCCGUCUCCCGCAAGACCCUGAAGGAGACGUUGCCCACCAGGAGCUGCCGCUCACCGUCCCUGGAGUGAGGCGGGCGGGCGGGCGGCCCGGGGCGGGCUCUGGGCUCCUGGCCCAGCCAGUGAAAGAAGGGACCUGCUGGCCCACCAGGAGGAGGCCAUGGG